AUGGCUUGGAGUGAAAUGCGGUGUACCAUUGCCGCAAUCGUGGCAGUGUUUAUUUUAUUUAUUUGCCCGCAACUCUCCGCUGAAGAAGAAGAUGGAUUCCAGCUUCUGGAAAGAGAUUGCGGCUUAACUUUCAAAGAUCAGACUGGGCCAAAGAUUAUCAACGGUUUCAAUGCCAAGUUAGGAGCACAUCCCUGGAUGGCUUUCUUACACACGCCCACUCAUUUCACCUGUGCAGGAUCCCUAAUCAAUCACUGGUUCGUCUUGACGGCAGCUCAUUGUAUUCAUGACGACAUUCAACUAACGGUUAGACUGGGUGAGUACAACAGAGACAAAGCGGAAGACUGUCUGGAAAACUUGUGUAUGGAUCCCGCCGAGGAGUACGAAGUGAGCAUGGCCUUCAGGCACAAAUUUUAUGAUACUAAGCAACACACCAACGAUAUUGGAAUGCUGCGUCUUGAUCGUCGGGUUACAUACAAAGCCCACAUCCAACCCAUCUGUGUGUUUGUUGACUCAAAAAUUAAGCCGCUGGUGGAUAGGCUUACAUGGUUCAAUGCCACCGGCUGGGGCAUAACCCAUACAAAUAAGACGGCUCGCGUUCUCCAGGAGCUCAGAAUCAACCGGAGGCCAUACGAUAAUUGUGAAAGGAUGUUUGGCAAGCGGAUGUCGUCCAUGAUAAUUUGCUCCGGAAAUGACGACAGCAAUCUAUGCAAUGGCGACUCUGGCGGCCCUCAGGGCCGGGAAAUGUCGUACGGCAAUAGUCGGGUUUACGUUCAGCUGGGCAUCGCCAGUUUCACCAACCGUGGCUGCAAUAAUGUCAGUAUUCUCACCGAUGUUCUGAGCCACGGUAAUUGGAUCAAGCGCGUUGUCCAAAGGUUCGGCAUUCCAGAACCGGAAAGGACAGCAGAGAGGCUGCCCCUCGGAAGAAGACCCACUUUCUACCGUCCAAUAUAG